AGGGAGGAGGAGGCUCAGAGUCGAGGGGGAAUAGGGGAGCAGAGGUCAGAGUGAUAUCUUGGCAGGAGGGGCCAUGAGCCCGGCAAACAGAUGGCCUCUAAGGAACUGGCUUCUUCCCUGGAGCCUCCAGAAGGGACUAAACUGGUGGCCACUUGAGUCGAGACCCAAUUCAGAGGUCUGACCCUGAGAGGUGUGGGCUGGUAAGCUUGGUGGUCAGCCACUAGUUGUGGCGAUUUGUCACAGUACAAGGGCACGAGUGGUGUCUCUUGUGGAAAAGGGCCUUUGGCCGACUUCUUCUUGAUACUUUCUACAGGGCAACAGACCCUGCAGGGAUGGGGUGUGAUUUCCUUUGGGCCUAUAUUACAAAUUUGUAAUCCCACGGUAGUCAGGUGGAUGCUGGUGCUGGGCACCCACCACCUCCCCUUCAGAAUUGAAGGUCACCUGUACUGCGCUCUGACGAGGCAGCUGGCCAGCAUCAGCCUUUACUAUUUGGAGUGUCUCCCUUUCCUGAGUAUGGAUGACCACAGUGUCCUGCAUGUGGACUCUCACGUGUUGCUUUUCCUGUCUGAGCGAGAGCAUCUUCGGGAAAGGCUGCAUUUGAGGGGCCCACAGCCCCAGAGUGUUCAUGAGGGCACAGUCUGUGCACAGGCCCCCAAGCCUGUGGCUCCCUGUGUUCAAACCCUUCCAGGAGAGGCGGCUAGACCUAAGUGGGGUUGAGGAAGCCUCCAACACCUGCUGUGUUCAAGACUGAGCCCCAGAUUUCUUCCUCCUCUUCUUUUUCUUUCUUUGGUACCAGGGAUUGAAUCCAGGGUGCUUAAUCACAAGCCACAUCCCUAGUCCUUUUUAUUUUGCAUUUUGAGACAGCGUCUUGCUAAGUUGCUCAGGACAUUGCUAAUUUGCUGCGACUGGCUUUGAACUUGUGAUCCUCCUGCCUUAGCCUCCUGAACUGCUGGGAUUAUAAGCAUGCACCACCACACCCAGCUACAGAGCCUGAAUUGUGAGGCCCUCUGCUGACCUGGGACCUGGCAGCUGAGCAGGACAGCAGAGCUGGGCACCCUCCCAGUCCUACCACAGGAAUGCUGACAUCCACCCAGUCCCACCAGGUGGACCCUGAUGCCCACCCAGUCCUGCCAUGCAGAUGCUGCUGUUUCCUCUCUAAAAACAGUAGCAUUUUCUUCUCCAUGAACUGGAGAAAUGGCUGGAGCUAUGUUCUGCAUGUUUGGGAGCCAACCCUCUGGGGUUUGACCCCAGCCAGAUGCCCUCACCCUAAUCAUGUCACCUCUCUGUGCCUGUUUUUCCUGCAGGAAGGAAUAAUGGCUUUACCCAUAGGGCAUUGCUAUGAGGGUGACCAGAGAUGUUUGCAAAGUGCUCAGAAGAGGCGGCUUGUCCUGCUGGGUGCCUGCCUGCCCCACUCUGGUACUGGCCUGGAACAGCAUGCUGACUGGAUCAGCUUCCAUUCUCUUCGGUCCUUGGUGGAUGGUCGAGUGAAUUAACACAAAAAUGUGAGGACGAUUCAAUGAGGGGAAGAACAGCAUUCUUAUCAAAUGGUUCUGGGGAAGCUGGGCAUCCCCUGCCAACGCACAGAGCUGGAGUCCUCCUUCACCCAUGCAUACGGUCAGCGAAAUGGGUCACAACAUUAACACAGCCACCUAGCCACUGAGAGUGAGCCGUGGCCAUAAACACAAGCAACAAAAGGAGGAAGAGACCAAGUGAACUUCAUCAGAACUAAAACUUCUGUGCUGCAAAGGAGACCAUCGAGAAAGUGAGAAGAGGGCCCUCAGGAUGGGAGAAAUGUUUGCAAAUUGUAUGUCUGGUGGUGGUGACAUGGCUGGUGAGCACCUGAGACUAAACACCCAGUGCAAAAGGACUAUGUGGGUGUGGAGAAGUGGAACCUGACAUCACCACAGGAAUCCUAGACACAGCGUCUAGACCCAGACAACAAAAGCAGCUGGAUCCCAGGAAGCAGCUGAUGGGGCCUCCAGUCAUACCUCACCUCCUCCCCAGCUCUCUCUCUUUUAAUGGGCAUUUUUGCUUUGAGAGUGGGAGGAAGGCAGGAGGGCUGUGCCUCAGGCCUGGGUCUGUUCCAGGAAACAAUGCCAGUAAACCCCCUGCCGUCAGAACUUCAAACUGGCCAGGUGCCCCUGGACUGUUCCCAAACACAGUUUUAGGUGGACACAAUAUCUUUAUUUUAUUUUUAUGUGGUGCUGAGGAUGGAACCCAAUGUCCUGCGCAUGCCAGUCCCAGGCGAGCUCCUUCCGGAUCAGCUGUGGCUCCCUGGCAGAUAUGGACCAGGAAUCCCCGAGAGCUCAGCACUCAGCACUGCCAGUGAAAGAUGUAGAAGAAAAAUCCGAACAACAAACCAGAGUGAAGGAGACGGACAGGUUACCUGCUGGUGUCAAACCCCGACAGCAACCAAGUGCCUUAUUUGCUAGAGGAAGUAGGAAAGCGGUCAGAAGCCCCCAAAGAUCGUCCAGUAAAAUAAAAGAAAACAAGCACCCAUUUGCUCUUUACGGCUGGGGAGAGAGACAGACAGACACCGGAAGCCAGAAGACCCACAACGUCUGUGCCUCUGCCUCGGUGCAUGAGAUUCACGAGUCGGCGCUACGUGCCAGGAGCAGAAGGCAGGAGGAGAAGAGGAAGCUGGCUGCUCAGCGGCAGCGUGCGCACUCGGUGGAGGUGCAGAGAGGCAGGACAGCGAGGGCCCCCUCUGCAGAGAGCCCCUGGGUGACGGAGUACAUGCGCUGCUUCUCAGCAAGGGCCUAGAGCUCCCCAGGGGCCAGUCUGUCUGUGAUCUGGACCUGGCCGAGACCUGGACCACGCAGGGCCUCUCGGAGAACAGCCAAAGGCUGUCCUGUUGUGAAUCUCAUCACCUACGUCAGCAGUAGGGCAGAAAGCUGAAGCCAUAGACACUUGGUUACCUGUGAAGAUGAGCCCCAGGCCCCUGGUAUUCUUGUUAGAGUUGUGUCUGAGCAUCUUACCUUUGAGGUACUGACACCAGAUGCCUUUAAACAACUAUGGGGCUUCCAUCCCCCUCUGGGUGGCACAGGUGGGAUGUGUCACUCACCCUAGGGGCCUCCAACUCACACUUAUGAGUCCCCUGUCCUGCACGAGAUUUGUGUUUACUGACACAUGUGGUUUCCUUUGUGAGAGAAUACCCAGCAAGUAUCACUCCCUGUGACCUCAGGCCCAGUUCUCCCCAGGAUCUAACGUCCAUCUCUGGUGAAGCAGGGUGCUCGUGUUUGAGCUCACACCAACCUUCACAUGGGUUGUGUGUUCAAGGAUUGGGCUGGCGAGGCCUGGCUUCUCUGGAUGGUCUCCUGGGCGCUCCCUCAGCAGUUUAAUAGCCACACACAUUCCAGGAGAGACAGCGCGGUCACUGUGUCUAGGUGUGAUGCAGUUGUUGUGAGCCAGUUCACCUGUCUUUAACUACAGCAUUUCUCUUCAGAACACAUAAGGUACAGCCAGCCACAGUUACAGGCUGUGGACUCUAGCCUCUUCUGCAGCAGCUGGCAGGACAUGUAGAACGUAUGCCCUGGAAUCACAUGGAAUGAACUGAGACACUCUCAGAGACACUGCCCUCCUGCCUUCUCCACUCUUCCUUCUACAGAACUUGGUCUUGGCGGUGUGUGGUGUUCCUGCUUCAGGUUGAACCGACCCUGUUUGGUUCCUGGCCAACAGAUCUUACCUGUACCUUACAGGAGCUUGGGGGCCUGAGCGCAUGCAGCUGUGUCUCAGCAGGGCUGGUCCUUUUGUGCAUUUGCCUCUAGGGUGGAAAACGGUCUUCACACUCAUUUCUCAGGUGCUGGUGGGUCUCCCUGCUGACGAGGCGUGUCCAGGAAGGAUGAGGGCAGGUACUCUAGGAGAACGAGCAGGUCCUGCAGCUUAGCCCCUGCGGGUCGGGUGUGAGUGGAAAGUUGGUGUUGGUCUUGAGGCUUGGUAUGCCUGGGUUUUCACUCAGGAUCUCUCAAGUCUGCUGGCUCUUAGCACACAGACUGGUCUCACUUCACAUAAAUUCACCAUCUUGUCACUGUGUUGAGCCGUGAAAGUGCCUCUUAGAGCCUCCUGAGUGCUGUGGUCCUGAGGUGAGUCCUAUAUGGAGAGUGUGCCUUGUCGUGGAGGAGUGUGCUUACCAAGAAGAAGUUCUACAUGGUGUCUGACAUCCUGGCUAUGAGUUCCAGUGAACUUUGGAUUAACCAGCCACACAUCUUCAAACACUGUGGGAACCUGUGGGUCAUAGGACCCUGGCAUGUGACGGUGUGGCUCAGAUGGUUUCACCCACUGGCUGAGCAUCAUGUUGCAUCUGACUGUUGAAAAGUCAGCCGGGCAUGGCACCUGGCACCUCACUCCUCCAGCCUGUGUCUCCCGGAUAUCUAGGAAACACUUGUCUGUGUGCUUUCUGUCUCCAGGCAGAAGGGAGCCUGGAAGGCAGAUCAGCAAGUCCCCCUUCUUUAUAAGUGAAGAUGGAUGGACAAGGUAGUUAAGGGACUUCUGAUGAGCAUGAACAACCAAUGGCUGAGUGUAGUAGCUGUGGUCCCUCCUGUCUGAGCCCUCGAUGGUCGAGAUCCUCCUCUUCCCUUUUUUUUCCUCAAGGGCACAGUUACCUUUUGAGCCUAUGAAUUUGUAAAAGUUGUGACAAUGUGACAUUCCUACUUCUUUUACUGGGAACAGAUGUGGUGCUGAUCAUGUUCCUAAUUCUUAGGACAUGUUGCAAGACAGGGAGAUAAUGUAAAGCUGCCUUCAGGUUGGAAAAGUAGAACUGGUUGAGAAUCCAGUGUUAUUUAAAUGCUACAUAAAGUCUUUUAAAAUUUUGGCUUUAAGUUCGUAUUAAAACAAUUUGCCAUAAACCAA